UACAAAUUUUAAUAUACAAACUAGUUUAGUGUCAGUUACUGUCAAAUGGUAUAAAAAAGAUAGUGAUAUACUCUUUUAGAAAUUUAAAAUAUAAAUAGUUAUCAGCCCAUAAAAUAUUUGGUGUUAUUAAAAAAAUAUGGCAGGUGCAUUAGAUUUGAAAGAUAGAAGAUCAGUCGGGACCAAAAUAAAGAAAGUUUUACAGAAAAGACUCCAUUUUUUACAAUGGUUACCAAAGUAUUCAAAAAAAGAUAUAUUGGCGGACUUUGUAGCAGGUAUUACUGUAGGGAUGACUAUGAUUCCCCAAUCAGUAGCGUAUGCUGGCUUAGCAGGUUUAAAACCUCAAUAUGGUCUGUACACUGCAUUUAUUGGAUCAUUUACAUACAUUUUCUUUGGGUCAGUAAAGGAAGUUUCAAUUGGACCUACUAGUCUAAUGGCGAUACUUACGUUUUCUUACGUAAAGGAAAGCCCAAUAGAAUACGUUAUUCUUUUAACAUUCAUAGCUGGAUGCAUUGAACUUGCUAUGGGUUUAUUUAAAUUAGGAUUUCUAGUGGAUUUUUUGUCUCCAUGUCUUACUAGCGGUUUUACUUCGGCCACAUCCAUAAUCAUACUUGUUUCCCAGUUGAAAAAUUUUUUGGGACUGAAUAUUAAGAGCCAUGAGACACUUAGUACUAUAAUAGAAGUAAUACAACGAAUCUCUAGUUUAAAAAUAGCCGAUACCGUGUUAGGAGUUUUAUGUGUGGUAUUUUUACUUUCGUUUAAGCAAAUAACAAAAAUUCGAUGUAAAACAGAAGAAACAAAGAAACUGUUGUGGUUCUUAUCAAUUUCGAAAAAUGCUCUUGUAGUAUUAAUUUCUUCUAUUAUAUCAUUUAUUUGGUUUCAAUGGAAAGGACAAACUCCUUUUAAAUUAACAGGAGAUGUUCCUAGUGGUUUACCAGACUUCAGUUUUCCACCAACUACGGCUAAAGUGAAUAAUGAAACCGUCUCUUUAGUAGAUAUGGUUACUGGUCUUGGAUCAGGUAUAAUAGUGGUUCCCUUAGUUGCUGUAUUAGCUAAUGUAGCUAUAGCAAAGGCCUACAGUUUCGACACAGUCGUCGAUGCUUCCCAAGAGAUGAUAUCCUUGGGACUUGCCAAUAUUUUUGGAUCAUUUGUUAAGGCUAUGCCAAGUUGUGGCGCUUUCACAAGAUCGUCAGUGGCCAGUAGUAGUGGUGUAGUUACACCUUUGCAAGGAUUAUAUUCAGGCAGUGUCAUAAUAUUGGCCCUAAGUUUUUUGGCACCAUCCUUUUAUUAUAUUCCAAAGUCAACCUUAGCAGCUGUACUAAUUGUAGCGGCGAGUAGUUUAGUAGACUUCGAAAUAUUUGUUACAUUAUGGAGAUGUAAAAAAAUCGACUUUUUUAUGACCUUGUCAACGUUUGCUUUAGGAAUAUUAGUUAGCGUGGAAAUUAGUAUUGUUAUUGGUGCAGUUUUUAAUGCGUUGACUUUGUUAAAAAUUUGGACGAGACCUAGAAUCCUUAUCGAUAUUAGAACGAAUGAGCAAAAAUUAAAUUACAUCUACGUCAAACCGGAAGUUGGUUUAUUUUAUCCAGCUGCUGAUUAUUUAUCGGAAAUUAUCAAGAAAGCUCAUAAUAAAAGCCCAUACUUGCCGAUUGUUCUCGAUUGUUCAGGAAUAUUAGAAAUUGACUACUCAGCAGCAAAGAGUGUAGAACUGCUGGUUAAAACGUAUAGUAAGAAGCAAAUACAACUUAUAUUGUUCAAUUUAAACGACAAAGUUACAAAAACAUUAAGCACUAUAAUGGACACAAGCAAAUUACAAUUAUGUAGGGAUGUCGAUGUCAAUAAUGUAAAUAUUAAUAUACCUACAGUGGAUACCAUUGAAGAAAACCCUUUAAUAAAUGGUGACAGUGACAGAAGAUAUUCCGAGAAGAAAGAAGAUAUUCGGAAGGGUUCUUUAUGUGAUUUAGAAUAAUUUUUUAUAGAUAUUAUGUGUUAAUGUAUAAUUAUGGAUAUUUAUAAUAAAAUUAUAUUUACAAU